CGGUUGCGACAGCAGCGAGAACAAGAGCAGAGAGAAAGAGAACGCCAGGAACGAGUCGUUCGGGAAAGAAGACAACAAGAGCAACGUGAACGAGAACUCCAGGAAGAAAGGCGGCGGGAAGAGCAAGAACGGAAGGCUCGGUUGCAGCAAGAGCAAGAACGACGUGAGAAAGAACGACAGAGGCAAGAACAGGAAAGGUUGCGACAGCAGUGGGAAAAAGAGAAGAGAGAAAAUCAAGAUAAGGAAGCAAUCAAAUCUAAAUUGCAACAAACUUUGCAACAGACCACUGCCGUGUUAGAAGAUGAACAGGAAGAGGAGACAGCAGAGUGUAGGUGUAUGAUCGAUCCAGACGAGUCUGGAGCGAUUCAGCAGGAAGGACCCAUAUACGCCACAGAGGCGGAUUAUAGAAAUCGGUUGCCUCAGAAAAAAGCCGAAAUUGAUGAAACUAGACUACUGUUUGAAGCAUUUAACUUGAGCGAUGCUGCGCCAGUUGAGUACACCGAAAAGCGCUGUGAUGAGUGCUCGAUUUCGGAGUCGUGGUUCAAACAGAUUGAAAUAGUUGAAGCAAAUAGUACCAAGUUGAUUGAAAUUAUUUUAAUGAUGUUAGAGAAAAAUAUGUCUGAGGAAUUCAAGCGAUUAGCGCAGUACGCUAUCAAUAGAGAAUUUAGUCGAAAAAAUAACAAUAAAAACCACGAACCACGGCAUCAACGAAUUGCUCAUACAGUUACACACAAAGCAUUCAUGCAGUUGUCAAAAGUUGUUAGAAGAAAUAUGCGUCAAGUGAACAUAGCUAGGCAGCAGCAAAUCGUGGAAUAUGUUAUCCGGGGAGGCAAAUUGCAGACUCGAGUCAUCAAACGAUUUCCGGUGGUAAGAUGGAUCGAACAGAGUUUGAUAUUUGAACUCAUAGUCUAUCCGGAGGGAAAAGUAGAUGAAGUAUUGCUGAAUGUUUUCAAAACCCAUUGGAUGAUAGUUAACGAGUUGUUCGAGCGACAGGAUCGUCAGAAGCUUCUGUAUGCACUUCGGACAGAGCAGUUGAUUCGUGGGUUAACAUUGCAACACAUAAACGAUGUCUUGGACAUGGUUACCCAAGUUAGGUUCGUAGGAUUAGAUGUAGUAUGCAAAAGGGGAGAAAAUUGGUACAUCGAUUUGAAAACAUGUUGGGUUAAGUCUAAAAUCCCAGAACAUAACAAUGCAGAAACAUCUUCUAAACUUGUAGAAUUACUUGUGAGUUUGCCCUGGAACAGUUUGAUGACGCAGCAAUUUCUGAACGCCAUCGUUGGAGAACCGAAUCAGCUAGCGAUAUAUGACUUUUUGUACAAGGUCAAAAAUGAGCAUAUGUGUUAUCCCAUAGUAAUGGAUAUAGUAACAGAAAAAUAUCAGCACAAUAAUAGUGUAGCAGGUUGGAUCAGCGACCUCAACUACCGAAUUUUGAUACAGGAAAUGUACAAACUAAACCUAGAGGUGGGUCGCCAUAUAAACCUAAAACUGGGAACAAUUCUAAAAAAAGGUCCAAACACCAAAUUGCUGAAUUUUCUCAGAUCAAAUACGUCUCGUUUAGCAUCAAACAUGGACAAGUUUGUGAGAAUUCUAGAAAACACACUAAUGUUUCAAACAACAUCAGACGUGUGGGAUGACAUAGAAACAAUUAUAAAUUCUGAAAGGAAUACCGAUAAAUGGGAGCAAAAAAUAGACAAUUUCAUAGUUUCAUCCAUUUUCGGUAAAAGUUAUGAGUACAGCGUAGACGAGUUACUCGAUCGCAUGAGCAACUGUACUCUAUAUCCGACCAACUUUGACCGAAAUGAGGCAUUGCGAGCUUUCAACUCGGUGAAAGCAGCAUACAAUUCUAAUUCUAAACUAAUAUCUUCGCAAAUAGGCAUUGGGCAUUGGGCUGCUUCUGUCAAGUCGAACUAUGAAAAUUCAACUUUGGAAGAAAAAAUAGCUGUGUUGAUACGCGCUGUUGAACAUUGUCACGGGUUCAAGCCUCGAGAUUCGCAGAUUUUAUCGUUGUUGGUACUAUCAAUGGUAAACGAAGACCAUGGGCGACUUGCUCAGAUAAAUACAGGAGAGGGAAAGUCUAUAAUUGUGGCAAUGUUAGCGGUAAUCCAUGCGCUAAAGGGUGUCAAAGUUGAUAUAGUUACAACAUCCACCGAGUUGACCAUUCCUGAAGUAAAGAAGCAACGGCCGUUCUUCGAAAUGUUCGGGCUUACGGUUGACGAAAAUAGACCUGAGAGAGAUAAGAAAGUAGUAUACAGAUGUGACAUUGUCUACGGGACAGCUUCUGAUUUUCAAGCAGAUGUACUGCGAACAGAGUUUCUAGGAAACGAUUGUCGAGGCAACCGUAAACAUCAAGUGAUCAUUGUGGAUGAGGUGGACAGCAUGUUGUUCGACAGCCGUAACCGUAGCGUUCGAUUGUCAGAUGAGAAUCCUGGAAUGACUCAUUUGGAAGUUCCUCUGGCUGUCAUAUGGCAUGAAAUCCAUAGCAUCAUCGCCCACAUGAUAGAGCGCGACAAUAAGGUGUUCUUCAUUACCGAAGACUUUGAGGCAGUUGGAAAUGAAAUAAAGUUAUACUCCGGAGAAGAUUGGGAGACUGUGAGUAUCGAAGUGCACGAUAAGAUUGAGUUCAUCACAACGCAUACCGAGAAUCAUCUACGAAAGUUGCUGCGGAAGCUAACGGUUGACGAGCAGAAAGAAUACGAAGCCUAUCAAGCAUUGAACCUGCGAAUAAUGGGCGUGGCGGAGCAGCUAUCGAAAGCUAACGAUGACGAGAAAAUGAAGGCCAAAUGCGAACAGAUGCGGUUGGAUCUCAUUAAGCUGCCCUGGAAUACACGCGACCCAGUCGUGGAUAUUCCCGAACAUCUGAGAAGUUUCGCAUUGAAUCAGAUUUCUAUUUGGGUAAAAAAUGCAAUACUAGCAAAAUGGGUGUAUAAAAAAGAUGCACACUACACUGUGAUUCAUGGAAAAAUCAUUCCGGUGAACUUCAACGAAACAGGAGAUCUUCAAACCAACAUGAUCUGGAGUGACGGUCUGACGCAGUUUUUGCAGUUGAAAGAAGGCCUACGAAUGGAUCCGGAAGGUAUAUCGACCAACUUCAUCUCCAAUGUAAGCUUUUUUCAGCGAUACGGCUCCAACAUCUACGGAUUGACCGGAACUCUCGGGGAACAAUCGACGCAAGAUUUCUUGCAUACAAUGUAUGGCACAGAUAUGAUCGUAAUUCCACCAUAUAAAACAACGGAUAUUACAAACAAUGAAAUGUCAGGAUAUCGAUGCAAGGAACUUGCACCGUUGGUUCUAUGCGAUGCAGAAAUAUGGUAUCAAAGCGUUAAGGAAAAUGCCCUAUAUCAUGCGCAAAAUAAUCGAGCAGUCCUCGUUAUAUGUAAAUACAUCACUCAAGCUCGAAAUAUUGCCAAUUUGCUAAGAAAAGUGCAUGAUUCCCGCAAGAUUUUCAUUUAUACCGGAGAAGAAACAAAAUUCGAGAAAAAUGCGGUCGACUCCGGAGAGAUUAUUGUUGCCACAAACAUUGCGGGUCGAGGAACUGAUAUCAAAACAUCGAAAAACGUGGAGAAACACGGAGGCAUGUGUGUAUUGGUGACAUUCUUACCGGAGAGCUUUCGCGUUGAAAUGCAGAACGUCGGUCGAACUGCUCGCGAAGGGAAACGAGGCAUGGCGCAAUUGAUAACGCAUGAUGUCGGCAACUUACCGAUGGAAUCACUGAAGAAGAUGCGACAAGAGCGUGAGGCUAAAGCAAUCACCGCGGCAAUCAACGACGCUAAGAAGAUGCUCAUCCAAGACUGUCUAUUCAGUCGGUUCUGCUUGCUGGAAAACGAACUAUUGCCAAGUAUGGACGAAACAAGGAAAAUGCACAUAUGGGAUCUGCUCAUCGUUGGGUGGAUUGAUUACUCAGCGAACCAUCUGGAUUCUCGGAAAAUUUCAGAAAAGGUGAAAAUUUGGGAGGAAGAGUUAGUAUCAGCUGCACUAAAUAGUCUUAGUACAGAAGAACGAGGUAAACUGACAGAAGAGGAUAUGCAAGAUCUGCGAUCUCAGGCAAAGACAAAGGUAGCAAAAGAGUUGCCUGCAUUUAAGGAACGUUACGCUGAAAAUGUCUGGAAACAGUACUGCACCAAUCAAUCCUCAUUGAAGCAGCCAGAUCAACUUCGCGCCUUCAGAAAUGGUGAGAAAUUCAACCCAAAGGUCAGUGAGCUGGCUUUGCGCUUCGGCUGGGGAACUUUCGAAAGAAAAGCACUUGAGGAAUCCUGGGGUCUCUGGUUGAAAAGUAAGCUCUUCGAAGAUGAGACAUCAACUGAAGAAGCAAUAGUCAUGUUCAGGGAUGAAUUUGAAGAUACAACUCAUCAACGUGCCUCACUGGAUAAGCUUGUGCGUAAUCCUUUCUUCUACGUGCUCAAGGGGAACGAACAACUCUACGCACGCCAUUUCGAGAACGCGAUCAUGUGCUACGACAGAGCUAUCGAUCUAGAUCCCGUAUUCUCAGUGAACGCACGUUAUUGCAAGGCACAGACGCUGUUGUCAUAUUCAGAGAACAAAGGUAUCAAACAACAAGAUGCUCUGGACGAACUAAGAAAAGCAGAGGAUCUAAUCAAAUCCGUGUACCGUCCGAACCUGUUGACCUUUAACACUUUGAUCAACCAACAUCAAUGCCUAGAACAAACCUCCCAGCACGUGCAACACCAGCUAGAUAUCCUGAGCCAGCAAGAAGACUACAUCCGGCAAGCGCGCGAAGUUAUUGCGAUGGCACAGAAGAACAAUAACAACGUCAAGGUCACUCUCAAACAUCUUUACGACGUGCUCUCAGAAGAUCAUGCAAAAGCAAUCCGCGAAGCAUACGGCAAUGGGCUGAAGAAGUUGUACACAAUUGAAGAAAAGCUUCCAAGACCAUGGGGUAGCAUUGUAACCGUUGCCUUGAUUGGCGUUGCCCAAAUCGCCGCUGGAUGUCUGAUAGUCAUGUACACCGCAGGAUUUCUGGGUACGGGACUGAUUAUGGAAGGAGUAACGGAUCUAAUCAUGGCCGCAACUGCAGCAAUCAAAGGAACGUUCAGUUGGGCAGCCUGGGCGACUCAGAAAGUGGUGAGCAUUGCUGUGUCGAUCGUUUGCUCUGGCAUUGCUUCCAUCACACAAACGGCCAAAGAAGCCGGAAAUCUCGGAAUAGGAACACUCAAACAAGCCGGUAAGAACACGUUUAUGGGGUUUAAAUCUAGACUAAAUGACGUUUCAAAAACGUGUUAUAACAUAGCCAAAGGAAUUGCAACGCCACAAGGAGGCGUGGAAUUGGCCAUGAAGGAAUUUAGUUCAGCAUUAGGGAAGGGUGUUGUAAAAAAGUGUUUGAACGAAGCUGGCAAGUAUUGCAUCGAUCAGGAUUUCAUGAACAAACUGGAAGAGGAAAUUACUACGAAAGUGAGUGGUGUGCUAAUAAGGGCACUUUCUUCGAAUGCAUUGGUAGUUAAGGCUCUGGAAGAAGACGAGCGAAACGGAAGUAGCUACUGGAAACAGCUGUUCAUAAAAGAGGGAAUGGAGUUGCUAAAAGAUAAGGAGAUCAACAAAUGUGCUGACAUGCUCAAGAGCAUCGCAAAAAGUGUCAUAGCUAAAUCAGAGCCUAAUGCUGGAAACGUCUUGGAUGUCGCGGGAGUUGGACUAUGUGUAUACACCCUCAACACAUACACAGAAAAUUUCAUUAAAAAAUUCAACGAGAAAAUUGGUUCUCACGAGAAGUCUAUCAAUGAACAAAUUGAUGAAUCUAGUAAAUCAAACUUGAGUGAUAAAAAUGAUAAUCAAGCUUUUUAUCAAAACGUAGCCAGUGCUCCAGUCAUAGACUGCGAAAAUUCAGAUAUUGGUGUACACCAAGUCACGGAAGACACAGUAUACAGUUCGAAAGUGUCAGCAAAUGCACAACUUCGUUCGACUUAUCGGGAAGCGUCAACUCCCAAAACGCUAGCCAAUGUCUUCAAAGUAAAAAUCACGAAUAAACUAACGGCUUCUAUACGUGAAAGCAUAAUCAAUCCUGCAUUAAUUUCUUCGCAAGUUAAUCAAAGACUAUUUAGGAAAAUGGAAGAAUCGAUUUCCAACCUAAGAAAAGAGAUGGAAACCGAACGAGAUAAUCGUAGUGAAUCGAAUGCUUUGGCAAACUCCGCCUUGAACGAAACUCCAAACGAAAAAACUCAAGGUCUUGGUCCUGAAACUACUAAGAUGAUUAAAAUGGUUACAAAAGAUGAUCACUUGCACGACACUACAAGUUUAGCACUAUCCGCAGGAGCAAUAAAUGCUCCAAUCUACGUUUACGAUGAGAAACGCAAACUGAAGUAUAUAGUGGAAAGCAAACUGCCUGGUAAACCUAUUAAUAUAAAACAUUUUGCGCCGUCCAAAGAUCACCCGGUAGGACACUUCACACCUUUGGACCCCAACCUGAAAGUAACUCCUUCAGGAACCAACUCCUGUGCUAUAGACGCAGUUGUAGCGCAGCUAAGUUCAACUGAAAAAGAAUCGCUCCAGGUCAACAAUGCAGCGGACUUACGCAACAAAAUGAUUCAGCAAAUCAAAAACAAUCCUCGCCAAGCAGAGCAAAUAUAUGAAAAACGGGUGCAACUAGAGCGAAUUGCACCGCAUAGAAUAUUCAAUGGAGACCAUGAGCCACAGAAACAACCUAAACCGGACAAGCGUGUUUCCAUGUUCAACGGAGGCGAUAUGCCAGAGAAACUACGUAAACUGGACAAACGUGUUUCCAAGUUCAAUGAUAAUUUCGAAACAUACAAACAAAUAUUCGAAGAAGUAAACUGUAAAGACUCCGAUUUAAUGAACAAUGCAACGACCGACCAAACACAAGAGCAUCACUUGAUCCACAAAAAAAUCAAGCUUCACUCGGCAAUCACCACGAGUGGCUUCAACAUCAACGACCCGGUAAAUUUGCUCGUGUGUCCCAAAAAUAUAGAGGUGAAAACUUAUCUGAAAACUAAACGAUCGCUUCAUUGUGGUGCUCACCCCAAAAAAUUGACGAAAAAGCUUCAGAAAAGACUGGAUGCAGCCUACCAUAAACACGAAAGUGACCUUACAACGCUGAAUCGUAUUGUUUACAAAAUAGCUUACCAUGAACGACAACGGGUGCGAUCAGGCAAACGAUCACUGCAAAGUAAGAAAAAAAAACGAUUUAAUCCAUCGAUGGUGAACAGAACCCUUCUUACACUUAUUAAAACUAUUGUUGUAUUAUUUGUAUUUAACAGAUUUAUUUUGUGUGAUGGACCAAAAGUUCUAGAAAAUAUUGUGGAUUUGGCAUCUAGUGGAUUGGUUUCCAAAAUAGCAUCAUGGACUAAACUACCAGAAAUGCCACACACCUUCUAGAAACUUGUGUGAAAUUUAAAAAAAAUAGCUUAAAUAUUCUGGAAUAUUGUAUCUUUUGUUAACUGCCAAAAGAACUUGAAUCGAUUAACAAAUGGAUACGAAAAUCAGCGAGAUACACUUUGUCUAAUAUCUCUUAAUCAGUCAAAAAAAUUAGCUCCGAAGUACUUGGUGUUCAUGGUUAUGGUGUAAAAAGGACAAAAAUAAUAUAUCUACUAUGCUAAUCAGUGAAUUAGCUAGUUAUUUUGGCUGUCCAGUUCUUGCAUUUUUCCCACAAUAUAUAUAUUCAAAGCUUUCAUUUAACAUAUUGUUAGUUUUCAUAGAAUUCCUGUUUAUUUGUAAUUUGUUAUUUAUAAUUUUAUUGAAAAUAAAUAACCUGCUAGUAUACACUCUA